AAGAUGGCAGCGCACAGCGGGGUGGAGGCAGUACCUGGGCUCGCCUGAGGGUCCCCUUUCCAGCUCCUGCUCUGGGCGAGGAGUGCAGACUGGAGGACAGGGGCCGGGUGGGACAGGGCACCUGCGAGGCGGGACCACAAGCCCCAACCUCAGGGAUGAGGGCGCUGCUGCCAGGUCUGCAACGCCAAGCCAGGCUCCUCCGCCAGCUCACCUCCGCCCGGAGAUGCCCGGCCUCUUCCCUCCCCGACAGCCCGCCGCCCACACCGGGCCUCCCGGACCCCGUUCCCCGCACUGAGACCCUCACCCCUCACCCUUCUUCCGCAGACUCUCGAUUCUCGCCCGGAGUUGAGACGUUUCCUUCCCUUCCAGGUUCACCCCCGACCCGUCCCCCCAACAUCGCAGCCUUCCCGCCCCCUCACCCGGGAGCUGGGCGGUGUUGGCCCCGCCAUGGAGGCUGUGUACCUGGUGGUGAACGGGGUGGGCCUGGUGCUGGGCUUGCUGACCUUGGUGUUGGACCUGAACUUCCUGCUAGUGUCCUCCCUCCUGGCCUCCGUAGCCUGGCUGCUGGCCUUCAUCUACAACCUGCCCCACACUGUGCUGACCAGCCUGGUGCACCUGGGCCGCGGAGUCUUGCUGUCACUGCUGGCCUUGAUGGAAGCUCUGAUGUGGUUCACUUUCGGGGGCGCUCAGGCCCUGUGAACCCUGCUGUGCAGCUGCUGCUCUGGCCUGGAGAGCCUGAAGCUCCUGGGGCACCUGGCUGCGCACGGGGCCUUGAGGAGCCGGAACAUCCUGCACCGGGGCAUUUUCAAUGUGGUCUCCAGUGGCCAUGCUCUGCUGCACCAGGCCUGUGACGUCUGUGCCAUUGCCAUGAGCCUGGUGGCCUACGUGAUCAACAGCCUGGUCAACAUCUGCCUCAUUAGCACUCAGAACCUCUUCUCCCUGUUGUUGGCCCUAUGGGAUGCAGUGAUGGGGCCACUGUGGAGGAUGACGGACGUUAUGGAGGCCUUCCUCGCUUACAUUUCCAGCAGUGCUGUGGUCAUGGCCAUCCUCCUCUGGACCCCAUGCCAGCUAGCAAUGGAGCUCCUGGCCUUGGCUGCCCACCUCGUGGCCAGCUUUGUGCUUGUCAAUCUCACUGGCCUGGUGCUGCUGGCUUGCGUGCUGGCGGUGACGGUGACCGUGCUGCACCCAGACCUCACCAUGAGGCUGGCCACCCAGGCCCUCAGUCAGCUCCAUGCCCGGCCAUCCUACCACAGGCUUCGAGAGGAUGUUACAUGGCUGUCUCGCCUCGCACUGGGCUUGGAGGCUUGGCGCCGAGUCUGUAGCUGCAGCCUGCAGCUGGCAAGCUGGCUAAACUCAGGAGGGGCACCUGGGGCUCCCCAGGGUGGCCCUAGUAGGGUGCCUGCAGCCAGGACCUCACAACAGGACACUCUUCCUGAAGCAGGGCCCAGAUCAGAGACAGAAGAGGAAGAAGGUAGAAUGGUCAGAGUGAUUGCUGCCUGGGGCAGGGAGAGGCUCAGUGAGGAGCCUCUAGUCAAUCAAGACCCAUGAAAGUUGCUGAAGGAGCAAGAGGAGUGGAAGAAGUGCGUCAUCUGCCAGGACCAGAGCAAGAUAGUGCUGCUGCUGCCCUGUUGGCACCUGUGCCUCUGCCAGGCCUUCACCAAAAUCCUGAUGCGCCACCCUAAUGUCUACCACCCCAACUGCCCGCUCUGCCACCAGGGCAUUCGGAGGACCCUCAACGUCUACCUCUGAGAACUUCCUCCCUUCCUGCCCUCCUCCAGCU